AUGGCGGACAGUCUCGGAGAGGAGCCCAGCGGAGGAGCGGGACCUGCGGCUGCCCUUGGCUUAGGCGUCACCGGGCAGGGCAACGGGGUGUACAACGGGGCCCCGACACUUCCCGCUCUCACUGCCUCCGCCCACUUCCUGGCCCCCGGCUUGAGCAGCAGCGUGAGCCCGUCUGUGUCCGGUCACUCUGGCCUGACCGCGGUGGUGGCUCCUCUGGCCUCCGUGUCGUCUCCGGCCGCACACAUGGCGCUCUCCGCGCCGCUGGUCACCGGGCUGGGAGGGGCCGGCGCCGGGCUGCUGUCCCAGAUCCACGCCACGUCCUGGGACCCCACCAUGAGCACGGACUGGGACAGCGAGAAGGCGUCGCAGCAGUGUAUACUCAGGAUAAAGAGAGACAUCAUGUCCAUUUACAAGGAGCCUCCUCCGGGGAUGUUCGUGGUGCCAGAUCCUCAGGACAUGACCAAGAUCCACGCCCUGAUCACGGGGCCCUUCGACACGCCGUACGAGGGCGGCUUCUUCCUCUUCCUGUUCCGCUGCCCGCCGGACUACCCCAUCCACCCGCCGCGCGUCAAGCUCAUCACCACCGGACACAACACCGUACGCUUCAACCCCAACUUCUACCGCAACGGGAAGGUCUGCCUCAGCAUCCUGGGCACGUGGACUGGUCCGGCCUGGAGUCCGGCUCAGAGCAUCUCGUCUGUGCUCAUCUCCAUCCAGUCCCUGAUGACGGAGAACCCCUACCACAACGAGCCCGGCUUCGAGCAGGAGCGCCACCCAGGGGACAGUAAGAACUACAACGAGUGCAUCCGCCACGAGACCAUGAGGGUCGCUGUGUGUGACAUGCUGGAGGGGAAGGUGCCCUGUCCCGACGCACUCUGGAGCGUCAUGGAGAAGUCGUUCCUGGAGUACUAUGACUUCUACGAGAGCGUGUGUAAGGAGCGGCAGCACCUUCAGGGCCAGAACAUGCAGGACCCCUUUGGGGAGAAGCGGGGCCGAUUCGACUACCAGGGUCUGCUGUCACGGCUCGGGGCCACACAACGGCGAGUCCGGGACAAGAUGUUAUCAGAGGUGCCCAACGAUGACGAGCACUCGGACUCUGACAGUACGUCCAGUGGGACAGAUCCAGACAGCCAGGGCAGCUCCCAGCCCUGA